CGAAAAAAAAAAAAGGGCAAACCCGACUAAGAGCUAGUGUUUAGACAAACUAAUCUCUCGGCCACUGCAAUCUUCAGCUCAACGUUGCAGACGAAGAUGGCGUCUCUUGCUUCUUCGAUUCAAGAGCGUUUCCUUUCCCGUCUCGCCGCCACUCCUCACCGGACCCUUUUACCGCCAAAAGCUACGCAUCUCUCUUUUCAAUCUUCUAUCCAAGGGCUUCGUGCUCAAAUUGCGACGGAGAGGAAGGAUCGUUCGUCGUUUCUGCAAACAUCUGCCGUUCGCCAUUUGGUUGGUUCCGUUACCAGGACUGAAGGCCUCCGAUUUGCUGUGGUUGUGGCACGAUUCAAUGAGAUCGUAACGAAGCAGCUCUUGGAGGGAGCUUUAGACACCUUCAAGAAGUAUUCGGUCAAAGAAGAAGACAUUGAUGUUGUCUGGGUUCCUGGUAGUUUUGAAAUUGGUAUUGUUGCAGAAAAGCUAGGGAAGUCUGGAAAGUAUCAUGCAAUUCUAUGUAUUGGGGCUGUGAUAAGAGGCGACACAUCUCACUAUGAUGCUGUCGUUAAUUCUGCAACAUCUGGGGUGCUUUCAGCUGGUUUGAAUUCAGGUGUUCCUUGCAUAUUUGGUGUUUUGACGUGUGACGACAUGGAUCAGGCAUUAAAUAGAGCUGGUGGUAAAUCUGGAAACAAGGGAGCUGAGGGUGCUUUGACAACUAUUGAGAUGGCAUCUUUGUUUGAGCACCAUCUGAAAUAAGCGGUAAUCUUACACCCUCAAGAGUUGGAUCCAAUAGUCUCUUUCCUUUUAUUUUCUUCUCUAAACGGCCACAACAUUUUCCUGUUGGGAGUUAGGAGCAAGUUAGCAACUGCAAGAUGGUGGCAUAUCCCCUGAAACCUGAACCACCCUUUGCUGAUUAAACAAUGUAGUGAUGCUGAACUGCCCAAACGCUGUAAGAGUAAUGUAUUUGAGGCUAUAAAUUGUGGAACACUCAAUCCAACCAUAAUAAUCCACAAUGUUUCAUUUCUAAUUGAUUUCAUU